CGAAACUAAAAACAAGCAAGCACUGUUUCAGAUUCCUUUAUUCCGGUGAAACUUCCAGGAGGCCACUAAAUCUCUACUGUUCUUUCUUAGCUUAUAGACUGUCAUCAUGAGAACGUCCAGUCCUCAAAUCACAGCUGUUGGAUGUUUACAUCAAGAGAAGCAUGCCUGGGAAGACAGGACGGGCUUAAACCUGCCAGGGAUUAGAAAGAUCACAAUGUCAGAGAAGCCAUUUACAGGCUAGCAACCGCAGGGGUCAGUGAGGUUAAAAAGAAAAUCCAACACUUGGAAGGUCAGACUGCAGGUGGUCAAUCAGCAGGACUCGGUCCAGGAGCUCUCCUCGCUUCCGCUACAGCUUGGGUCCUCCCAGGGGUUUUGCUGGCCAGGUAUCCUCCCUGUCCGUCCACUGUCCGUCUUGGGUUCGUGGGGCUUCCCAAAGCUACGCGUUGGCCGUGGGGACUAAAACGAGCAGCUAGACGCUUCCUCUCCACCAGCCUCCCCCGCGGUACCCUAAAGCCGCGUGCCCCGGGAAAGGGUGCGGGGUGGGGAAAAGGAAAUUCCUACUCGCUCCACGUCCCCGCCCGCUCGCCCUACCCGUCCCCUCUCCGCCUGGCUGCCCUGAUCGCUCCGAUGCCGACUUCGUCACCCUCACUUCUGCAGGGCGAGGUGGCAGAGGCGGCUGCGAGCUCGGGGCUCCCGGCAGGGCCAUGGGGCAGGCAGUGACGCGCCGCCUCCGAUCCCGAGCCCGCGCCGCGGCCAGCAGCGCGAUGGACCGCAGCGUCCCGGAUCCCGUACCCCGCAGCGCGCCCCGCACCCCCGCCACGCAGCCCGCAGGCUCCGCAGGGAAGAAAACAAAGGCGAAGGCACCUCUUCCUCCAGCCGAGAUGAAGGGCAUGGAUGUCUCUUCUGCAGAGGACCCUGUAGAAUCUACUGCUGUCAUCACAGAGCAUCAAGACAAUCUGAUAGAUAAAGACGUUGAACUGUCAGUGGUCCUGCCUGGAGAUAUUCUCAAAUCUGCUACAGUUCAUGGCAGUAAGCCAAUGAUGGACUUGCUCGUGUUCCUCUGUGCACAGUAUCAUUUAAAUCCAUCAAGUCACACGAUUGAUUUGCUGUCUGCUGAAGAGAAUCUCAUCAAAUUUAAGCCAAACACACCAAUAGGAAUGCUGGAGGUAGAGAAGGUAAUUUUAAAGCCAAAAUCUCUGGAUAAGAAAAAGCCUACACCUAUAAUCCCAGAGAAAACUGUGAGAGUAGUGAUCAACUUUAAGAAAACACAGAAGACCAUAGUAAGAGUUAGUCCCCACGCACCGCUUCAGGACCUUGCUCCCAUUAUAUGCAGUAAAUGUGAGUUUGAUCCGUUGCAUACAGUAUUGUUGAAGGAUUACCAAGCUCAGGAGCCCCUCGACUUGACAAAAUCUCUGAAUGACUUGGGACUAAGAGAGUUAUAUGCCAUGGAUAUCAGUAGAGAGUCCUGCCAAAUAUCACACAACCCGGACAUUGUGAAGGAGAAAGAAAACAAAGGGAUUUUCAGCUUUUUCCAACGCAGUAAGAAAAAGCGAGAGCAAACUGCCAGUGCUCCCGCGACCCCACUAGUGAGCAAGCACCGUCCAUCUUUUACGAGGUCCAACACCAUUUCCAAACCGUACGUUUCCAACACACUGCCCUCGGAUGCACCCAAGAAGAGGCGUGCCCCGCUGCCCCCCAUGCCCACGUCUCAGGGCGCUGCUCAUGGCCAGGAGAGGCGUGCUUCUUGUGUGGAGAGAUCCAUCAGUGUGGACGACACUGAUAAGAGUUCCUCUGAAGCAUUCAUGGUGAGGACAGGCUCAUUGCAGCUCAGUGGCACACUGGGAGGAACAUCAUCUCUGAAGAGAAUGAAGCGAAAAGCACCUGCCCCACCUUCAAAAACUCCUCUGGUUCAGAAUGAUGAAAGGAAGCCUGCAGCUGCUGCUCACGGCCUACCUUUGGAGGAUGGAAUUGCUCCAGACAACAUUUUGGAAGCGAGUUCUACUGAGGGGAUGCCCAGCCCAGAGGGCUCCCUUGGUCCCGGGUUCCUAAGCCAGGAGCAGUGCGCUGUGCCCAAGCCGAUGGAUGAAAUCUCUGAGGGCCCUGGAACUCCAGAGGCAGCUGUAGCAUCCUUGACCUCUGGUAUAAGCUCUGAUUACAGUCUUGAAGAGAUAGAUGAAAAGGAAGAACUGAGCGAGGCAUCUAAAGAUCAGGCUGGAAGUAUUUCUGUGAAGUCGCCUGACAUUGCUUCACCAUCUACUGAUACGACAGUUGCAGUGGAGAAUGAUCCUGACUCAGCCCUCAGCAUCAGUGAUGGAGAGACCUCUCCAAGCUCUAAGGGAAAAGCUGAAGAAGACAGAAGCACAGAGGGGCAAGGGCCACAUCAUCCUGUUGUCUGCCAUGUAGGCAAUGAGGACAAACUAUCUGACAGUAUAAAAGACUUGAAGACAUUGGGCCCAAACCAAGAGAGUGUAGUUCAAAAUGAAAUCAUGGUCUGUGCCACAAGCACAGAUUAUGUGAAAAACAGACCGAGGAAAAUGGAAACCACCAUAGAAGGUGAAGCAGUGAAGAAAACUGUGGACGUGGAAGCUGAUAUAUUGUCAGGCUCUCCUGCAUGUAGAACGGAUAAUAUUAAAAGUUCGAGGGAAGAUCAUCUAACAGCAUCACCAGGACCAGAUCAAAAAUUGAAUCAACCAGGUAUAGAGAAGACAAAAAUGCAGGAUGCAGCAAUUCAGGCCACCCCUGCUGGCAGCACUUUUGAUGGGAAUCACGAAGCCCGUAAUUCAUCUGACCUCAGGGUUGAUGAGACAGUGCUGCAGACUUCGGAUAGCAGCACAUCAACUCAGCACUCCUCUGCAAGUCUCCAAGAUUCCAUAAAUGCCUCAAGAGAAUUCAGGAGUCACGGAACUUCAGCGUAUACACAAGAUAGACUCCCUGUGAAAGAGCCAGCUUGUACAUAUGGGAACAAUGACCCUUUGUCACCUGUAGAUGGAAGUGAUAAGAAUCCAGCUGCUUCUUACCUGAGGAACUUUCCACUUUAUAGGCAAGACUACAACCCCAAGCCGAAACCUUCGAAUGAAAUCACAAGAGAGUAUAUACCUAAAAUUGGAAUGACUACUUAUAAAAUAGUGCCUCCGAAAUCCCUGGAAAUGGUGAAAGACUGGGAAUCAGAAACAGUAGCGAAGAAAGAUGACCAGAAGAUGCUUGCUGUAGGGCAGAAGCAUACGGUUGGGAGUAUGCCAGAAACUGCCAUGCAAACAGAAGCCCUUGUUACUUCUAAAAGCUCACAGCAGCCCCAGCCUGACCUUAAACCAAAGCCCAGCUCAGGAACAGAGCGUCAUUUGCACAGGACUGUGAACUCACCAGUUGGUACAGAGAUGAACCCUCCCAAAUCUUCCAAAAUGACUACAGACUCUGGCACCAUUCCUUUUGCACCAAAUUUGGAAGAUAUAAACAAUAUCUUGGAUUCAAAAUUUAGAUCCCGAGCUUCUAAUCCCCAGGCCAAGCCAAGUUCAUUCUUUUUGCAGAUGCAAAAGAGAGCAUCAGGCCAUUAUGUGACAUCUGCAGCUGCUAAGAGCGUUCACACUGCCCCUGGGCCUACCCCUAAAGAACCAACAAUCAAGGAGGUGCAAAGGGACCCACAGCCUCCUCCAGAACAGCGUCUUUCUCCAUUGAGUGAAAGGACUCACUCUGCUCUGCUGCCCAAUAUUUCUAAAGUUGAUAAUGAUAUAAUUCAGAAGCCUGCUGAGACCUCUCCUCCUCCUGUAGCUCCCAAACCUAUGACACUUCCUGCUGAGACCUCUCCUCCUCCUGUAGCUCCCAAACCUAUGACACUUCCUGCGGAGACCUCUCCUCCUCCUGUAGCUCCCAAACCUAUGACACUUCCUGCUGAGACCUCUCCUCCUCCUGUAGCUCCCAAACCUAUGACACUUCCUGCUGAGACCUCUCCUCCUCCUGUAGCUCCCAAACCUAUGACACUUCCUGCUGAGACCUCUCCUCCUCCUGUAGCUCCCAAACCUAUGACUCUUCCUGCUGAGACCUCUCUUCCUUCUGUAGCUCCCAAACCUGUGGCUCUUCCUGGUAGUCAAGGAGCAUCAUUAAACUUGAAGACCUUGAAAACAUUCGGGGCCCCAAGACCAUACUCCAGUUCUGGCCCCUCACCCUUUGCCCUUGCUGUAGUGAAAAGGUCACAGUCGUUCAGUAAGGCCUGCCCAGAGUCACCCAGUGAGGGCUCCUCUGCCCGGCCUCCAGCUGCCAUACUGGAUGAAAAGACACAUACAGUAAAUAAGUCUGUGGUGGGCUCCCAACAUGAUGGUGUUGAUAAGCAAAAUAAUCUUGUACAGAAUGAGCACAGUUCUCAAGUGCUGACCCUGGCUGAUGGCCCAUCGUUCACCCUUAAGAGACAGAGUUCUCUAACAUUCCAGAGCUCUGACCCAGAGCACGUCCGGCAGAGCUUGCUCACCGCAAUCCGUUCUGGAGAGGCUGCUGCCAAGUUGAAGAGAGUUACUGUUCCAUCAAAUACAAUAUCUGUGAAUGGGAAGUCGGGGCUCAGCCAGUCCGUGACCAUUGAUGCCCAGAACAGUCGUUAAUAUUAUCCUGCUGUGACACACUUCACCGACCAGCUUUCUGCCUAUAAGAAAUAUUGACAAAUAUAUAUUCAGAUGUACAUUAAUAUAUAUCUGUUCAAGAAUAAACAUUUGUAUUAUGGAUUUAAUGGCAAAAGAAAAAGGAGUAGAAUUUAUAAUUUAUAAUAAUUUUUGGCCUUUUUGUUACAGCUAAAUACUGCUGCUUUAGAAAUGUUAGACAAGGUGUAAAUGACUUGUUUUUGCCCAAUGAUGAAUAAUCACUUCUUAUGUUUUUUUUUUAAAUGGACAUACUGUGCACCAUGAAACAAAGGUGUAAAUUGAGAUUUAUAGACAUUGUAUGACACAGAAACAGGCAAGCACAGACUAACAUUUACUGCCUCAGCAUUAGGCUAUAAUUAGAAAGGUAAAUUAUAGUAAGGCCUUUGUUGCCGAAAGACGUGGAAUAUUAGUAAAUCAAAUAAAUAAUGUUCAGUUAUUUUUAUUGAGGAAUCACUAUGAGACUUUUUUUAAUAUAUUCUUUAAUUACAAGUGAGUGUCGCAUAUGUAGGAAAGAGUUAAGUAUUUUUUAAAUAGAACACUUUAACCUUUUGGAAGUAAAAUUGCACAAGAAGACUUUAAGAUCUUUUCUGUAUAUAAUUAUGAUGUUGUUACACAGAUAUUACAUACAUUCUAAUGCCAGAGACCUUAAAAUAUUCCUGUGAAAAUGUUGUGAUAGUUAUUUCACUUUUGGUAUAGGGAGGAAUAGGGUUAGUUUCUGUCCACAUUUAAAACUUUGAAGUUAGUCAUUUGCAAAAUCCUGAUUUUAAUUAAAGAAAAUGCUAAAUUAGUCAUUUAUGUAGCUCAGAUGCUAGUCAUCUAAAUAAUAAUAUAUAUUUUCCUGAAAGCCAAAAUGGUUGAGAGAAACAGUACUUGAUGUGUUGACUUAGAGUGUUUAGAACGUGUUAUUGUCCUGAACUCCUUAAGAAUUUAAUUCCUCUUUUAUUCAAAAAAACUACUCAAGUACCUGACACUGUUUGAACUCGUACUAAAGCUACUGGAGUAUCUGUCAUUUUGACACAUGUGAACGUUUUUCCGUUUAAUAAACGCAAGUUAUAUAUUUGGA